GCUCUGGCCGCCCGCGCCACCCGGCCGCUCCGGGGACAGGCCGGGGCGGGGCGCGGCGGCAGGAAACGGGGCGGGGACUCGCGGAGGCGUUGGGGACUAGAGAGGGCGCGGCCAACUCCCGGGGGGACGGCAGGCCGAGAGCGCGGCGCCCGGGCCUGGCGCCGAGCCUGAGCCCGCCGGACGGGAGGCGGCCCCGCCGCGGGCUCGGCCCCGGCCCCAGCCCCGCCAGCAUGGCCGGCCGGACCGUACGGGCCGAGACCCGGAGCCGGGCCAAGGAUGACAUCAAGAAGGUGAUGGCGACCAUCGAGAAGGUCCGGAGAUGGGAGAAGCGAUGGGUGACUGUGGGCGACACUUCCCUUCGUAUCUUCAAGUGGGUGCCAGUGGUGGACCCCCAGGAGGAGGAGCGAAGGCGGGCAGGUGGCGGGGCAGAGAGAUCCCGUGGCCGGGAACGUCGGGGCAGGGGCGCCAGUCCCCGAGGGGGUGGCCCUCUCAUCCUGCUGGAUCUUAAUGAUGAGAACAGCAACCAGAGUUUCCAUUCGGAAGGUUCCCUGCAAAAGGGCACGGAGCCCAGUCCUGGGGGCACCCCCCAGCCCAGCCGCCCCGUGUCACCUGCCGGACCCCCAGAAGGGGUCCCUGAGGAGGCUCAGCCCCCAAGGCUGGGCCAAGAGAGAGAUCCUGGGGGCAUAACUGCUGGCAGCACCGACGAACCCCCAAUGCUGACCAAGGAGGAGCCUGUUCCAGAACUGCUGGAAGCUGAGGAUUCAGGAGUGAGAAUGACGAGGAGAGCCCUCCACGAGAAGGGGCUGAAGACAGAGCCCCUCAGGAGGCUCCUGCCCAGGAGGGGCCUCCGGACAAAUGCCCGGCCCAGUUCCACGGCGGUGCCGGACACCAGAGCUCCCGGGGGAGGCAGCAAGGCCCCGAGGGCACCCAGAACAAUCCCCCAGGGUAAGGGGAGGUGAGUGGGCUCCCCAAGCAAGCCAAGGCCCCUAAAGCCUCCCUUGGCUGCCCCAAGAUCCAGCCACUACCUGUGCCCCGAGGGCGGAAAGAGCUUCCCAGCUCACCCACCGCGGUAACAUCGGGGGCGAGCGGCCCUACACCUGCCCGAACCUAAGGCCACAGCACCCAUCUGGCUCGCCACUGGCGCCCGAAUGCAUGGGAAGGGUUUAGGGCAGAACUCGGACCACAUCCAGCGCCUGAGGCCGCCUUGCUAGAGGCCCAGGGGAGGGGUGCACUGGGCUGCCUCACCCACCUCCUCACGCACCCACGCGGCCACCCUCCCAGUGGUCUGAGUGUGCCAUGCGAGGCACCUGCCACCCCGGGAGAGGCACCGAGUCUCGAGUCCUGCCGGCCCUGAGCCUCCGGGUCCACAGUGGGCAAGGGCCGUGGCAGCGACAGGCGCACGGGACCCGCCGGCCUCGCACCUUCUGCAGCACCACGUGACACCCACAUGGCGCCCGGACGUCCACGCUUGUGUUGAGGCCCGCGCACGCGCAGAGACCCCAGCGCGGAAGCCGCCCCACACGCCAGGGCUUACGUACGCCAGCGCUGGGAGACCUCCAGCGCCCGAGGACAUACGGCAAGUGCUUCCACCAGGGUGUCAGCCUAGCAGGCCAACCUGGGAACCCACGUGGACAAGCUGCCUUUCAGCCCAGGCGCCUGCCUCGUGUGGAGGCGUGGAGACUUCUGGCGCAGCCCUGAGCUGGUGGCCUAACCUACCUGGAAAAUCCUAGCCUGAGAAGCAGCGCGAGUGAGCCUUUUGGGUGGUUCCAAGGCCGUUCACCAAGCUCUCACUUCCUGACUUCACCGUUGGGUCUGUUGUACUAGGAAAUAGUAACGCCUCCCAUUUAUCGAGGGUUUACUGUGUACCAGGCAUUGUGACUGAUGUAAUUUAGUUCUCACUGCAUCCCUGUGGCAUGGAUAUUGUCAUUAUCUGCAUUUUGCAGAUGGAGAAAUUGAGUCUCUGAGAAGUUAAGGAACCUGCCCAAAGUCAGCAAUGCAGUACCACUUCUCGUGCUGGGACACAGCGGGGUUAAGGCCGUGGGUUAACAGGGCCUCCAUUUAUGGAGAGCAUUCAUUUUUCUCUGGUGAAUUAUAGAAAACGCUUUUUACACUGAAGUGAGUAGAUACUCCCUGGGAUGAAAGUUAACAUUCGUACCAAUGAUUGAGAUGACAGAAAUUUCACGCUUCAAGCCAAUGCUUUAGAUUCAGCCCAUGGAAUUCUGGGAUGACCUUUUCUCAGUCGUCACCAGGGUGAUGUUGGUGAAGGAAGCUCCACUCCAGGACCAGCUCCUGUGUAGAGCCUUCCUGGAGGCCAACAAGGAUGACCUCUCUCCAUUUGCCAUCCCACUGGGUUGUCUGGGAAGUUCAUCCAGUUCCUCUGGGCUAAGAUUUCCAAGUUCCCAAAAGGGAAACUAAUCUUCAGGAGUUGGGAAUGAAAAAAUGGAAUUUGGGGGAAUUCCUGAAAGCAUGUUAUUCUGUAUUUUUCAUAACUUUCUGUAUUUUUUUUUUUUUUUUUUUGAGACGGAGUUUUGCUCUUGUCACUCAGGCUGGAGUGUAGUGGUGUGAUCUCGGCUUACUGCAACCUCCACCUCCCAGGUCCAAGUGAUUCUCCUGCCUCAGCCUCCCUAGCAGCUGGGAUUACAGGCACGUGCCACCAUGCCUGGCUAAUUUUUUGUAUUUUUAGUACAGAGAGGGUUUCAUCAUGUUGGCCAGGCUGGUCUCAAACUCCUGACCUUAGGUGAUCCACCCACCUCAGCCUCCCAAAGUGCGGGGAUUACACCAUGCCCGGCCACUUUCUGUAUUUUUUAAUAAAUAAGAAAUACACACUUAGUAGUAGUUACAAAGAACUGUAGGCCUUAGCAAAUAUUCAAUAACUGGAAGAUGCCAACAAACAUUGUUGGGUAGUAUUUAAAUAACAAAAUAUUCAAAUAUUUGACAAGAUUAACAACACUACACAGAAUCACAAGUUGAAAUUGCCAGUUUAGGCUGAAUGUGGUGGCACACGCCUGUGAUUCCAGCACUUUGGGAGGCCAAGGCAGGAGGAUCACUUGAGCCCAGAGUUUGAGGCUAUAGUGAGCUAUGAUUGCACCACUGCACUCCAGCCUGGGCAACAGAGCAAGACCCUGUCUCUUAAAAAAAGAGAAAGGGAGAGAAAUUGCCAAUUUAAGGACUUAUUUGUUUCCAAAACUUGUUAUUUAUUAGAACAUCAUUUGUAGGAUUUGUAUAAAAUACAGUGCACGUAAACAUUAAUAUUUGUGAGAGUGACUCGCUCUUAACAACAGGUAGAGCCACAAAUAUACUUUUAGUGUGUCAACAGCUACAAAAAGUAUUUUGAUUACUUAUCUCCUAGGUACUCUUAUCCCAUAUUCUGGAAAUGUGUACCUUAACUUUAUUUAUUUAUUUUUUGAGACAGUCUUGCUGCAGCUCCCAGGCUCAAGUGCAGUGGUGCAAUCUCGACUCCACCUCCAGGGCUCAAGCAGUUCUUGUGCCUCAGCCGCCUGAGUAGCUGGGAUUAGAGGCAUGUGCCACCAUGCCUGGCUAAGUUUUGUAUUUUUUGUAGAGACAGGAUUUUGCCAUGUUGGCCAGGCUGGUCUCGAACUCCUGACCUCAAAUGAUCCAACCGCCUCAGCCUCCCAGAGUACCGGGAUUACAGUACCUUAACUUUAGACUGUGUGUGUCAACGUUGCCUUCUCUUGCUUUCAAUUUGGCAUCAGUGGAUUUCUUUAAGCCAGGAAUGCCUCUAUGUUGAUUGUUAAGCAUUAAUUCUCACAGGAGAAUUAUAAUGCUUUUCCCCAUUUUCCCAAUUUCUUGACUGAUCGAUUUUGGGAUUCAGAAGAACAUACAGAUUUCCUGAUAAAUUCCAGGAGGAAUUUCCUGCAUAGAAACACUACUUUGGGGCUGGGCGCAGUGGGGCUCGUGCCUAUAAUCCCAGCACUUUGGGAGGCCAAGGUGGUCGGAUCAUUUAAGGUCAGGAGUUCAAGACCUGUCUUGCCAACAUGGUGAAACCUCAUCUCUACUAAAAAUACAAAAAAAAAAAAAAAAAAAAUUAGCCGGGCAUGGUGCUGUACACCUGUAGUCCAAGCUACUUGGGAGGCUGAGAUAGGAGAAUCGCUUAAACCCGGGAGGCAGAAGUUUCAGUGAGCAGAGAUUGUGCCACUGCACUCCAGCCUGGGUGACAGAGUGAGAUUCUGUCUCAAAAAAGAAAAAGAAAGGCCGGGCACGGUGGCUCAUGCCUGUAAUCCCAGCACUUUGGGAGGCCGAGACGGGCGGAUCACGAGGUCAGGAGUUCGAGACCAGCCUGAACAACAUGGUGAAACCCAUCUCUCCUAAAAAUACAAAAAUUAGCCAGGCAUGGUGGUGCGUGCCUGAAGUCCUGCCUACUCAGGAGGCUGAGGCAGGAGAAUUGCUUGAACCCAGGAGGCAGAGGUUGCAGCGAACUGAGAUCCCACCACUGCACUUCAGCCUGUGUGACAGAGGGAGAUUUGUCUCCAAAAAAAAAGGAAAAAGAAAAAAAAAGAAACACUACUCUGGGCUGAGCAGCAUCGGCAAGUCAAGUCUGCUGCUGGAAUUUUACCUAGAACAUUGAAUCUUGCCUUUUUGGUUUCAGGGGCCUCAGAGCCAGAGAAUCCAAGUAUGGAUCCUAGCUCUACCAGUUCCUGGUGGCAAGGUCUUGGGCAAGUCACUUUACCUCUCUGAGCUUCAAUUUAGUGGAAGGAUAGAUAGAAUAAUGUGUGGGGAGUCAAUGCUUGAUUUUUGAGGCAAUAUUGUAGGAGGGUUAAGAGUGUGGCUCUGGAGUCAGUCUGAGGUUUGAAUCCUGGCUCCAUUACUUACUACCUCUUUGAUUUGAGGCAAGUUACGAACCACUCCAUUUUUCUCUUCUGUAAAGUGGUGGCACUGAUUGAUGAUUGUGGCAAACAUCAUCUUCAUAGAGUUUUCAUGAGUUUAAAUAGGAUCACAUAUGAAAAUGCUUAACACAGAACAUUGUACAUUGUAAGUGCUUGAUAAAUGCAAACCACUGUAGCUGUUACCUGCUGUAUCUACCUCACUGGGCAGUCGUGAGGAUGAAAGGGAGGCUGUGUUGGGGAAGUGCUUUCUAAGCUGUGAAAUGGUAGCCACACACUUCUCUUGCCUUCAGAGAUGGGGUGGUCGGAAGCUAUGGGCAGACAUUAAUGGUAUCCCCAAGUAAGAGGCCUGAGAAUACUUGCCUGUGUCCACAGAAGGUAGCUGUGUUGAGGCAAGUGUCACCAUGGGUAGCUGGAAAACAGUGCAAAAUGCUCUCAGCUAAGGGUUAAUUGCAGUCAUGAGGGCAAACUCUGGCAUGGUAUGACUUUGGGGCACCCUUGGGGACAGGGAGAAAACUGAUUUUUUCAGAAAAAGGCUUUAGAGGAAGGAUCAUGUUAAAUGGAACCUGCCCACUAUAUGUUUUUGUUUUUGUUUUUAAUUAGGGGCCGCAUCAGAGGAAGGGGACAUGUAAUAGAAGGUGGUUGGAGGGCUCUGACUUUUGUCUGAAACUGCUAUUGGUGAAAGGCUGAACUUAGGACACAUUCCUGUGAGCUGGAACCAGUGCACCCUCUUGCACUGUGCAUGCACCACGAUGUCGUUCAUUGCCUAGACCAUAGACCAAACAUGGCUCAAAGGGCCUUCCAGAGAGGAUCGCAUGUCAUUCUGACAGCAGCCCCUCAACAAUGUACAGAUGAGGGCUUGAAGUCUCGGAAAGUUAAGUCCAUUGCCCAAGGUCACACAAGUGAUAUUAAUAUAUUAUGAAGUCAGGAUUCAGGCACAGUCCAAGCUCUUUUUUUUUUUUUUUUUUUGAGCCGGAGUCUCGCUCUAUCACCCAGGCUGGAGUGCAGUGGCACAAUCUCGGCUCACUGCAUCCUCCACCUCCCAGGUUCAAGUGAUUCUCGUGCCUCAGCCUCCUGAGUAGCUGGGACUACAGACAUGUGCCACCGCGCCUGGCCAGUUUACAGUCCAAGCUCUUAACCCCACCAGCCUGCCUCAACCACCAGGGGCCAGACUGCUGAUCUUGAACAAGGAAGAAGAAAAUCCAAAUGGUUUCAGUGCCUAAAUGUCCUCCUUUCUUGCCUUUGGUAACAACUUUUUCUGUCUCUGAAUAUCAUUGCUACUUCUCUGGACACUGCUUCUUUGCUUCCAGGGCUGUUUUUCUUGCUUAGCCCUAAGUCAGCCUCGUUUGGGACCUGUCCUUAGACUCUUUCUUCUGCACGGGUCUGUGAAAGAUCUCUUUUAUGUGCGCAGCUCCAGCUGUUGGUCCUCUCUCAAUCUAACCCAGACUGCCCCUCUGAGCACCAGCCUAAGCAGCCAGCUGCCUCCUUGACAUCCCCUCUCUGGCUCUCAUUCGUGAUGUCUCCCCUAACACGACUUGCCUCCAAAGUGCCACCUCCUCCCUGCCAUGGUCUCAGUUCCAAAUUGUGGCGUAGUGGUGGGGAAUUUAGAAAGCCUUCAAAGACGAAGCCUCUUGAAUGAGUUCUCAGGGCUAGAGAUAGACCACAGAGUGUGUUCUCUGAGAGCUACCAACAGUCUGGGGGUGAACUUGGAGAGUGGAAUUCACCAUUUAAUCAGUCAGCUGGCUACGGAAUGCCCAGCUGCAUGCCAGGUCCAGCCGCUGGGGUGGAAAGAUGCAUUCACGAGUAGAACAAACAGGAUUCCUGGCUUCAGGGAGCAUCCAGGCUGUUGGAGAAGACAGAUGUCAUGCAAUCCCCCAAAAUACACUCUUAUAAACUGUGAUAAGUGUCAUGAAGGAAAAGUUCUUGGUGCCAUGAAAGCAUAUUGUAGAUCUAAAUUAGAUUAAGAUGGUCAAAGAAGGUCAUUGUGAGAAAGUGACAAUUACUGUCUCCCUGAGAUCUGAGUUGGGGAGGAGAAUUCCAUAGACAAGCAAGAGUAGGCACAAAAGACCCAAGGGUGGGAAAGAGCUUGGUAUGGUGGGGAAACUGAAAGGCAAUCCUUAUAGUGGGAGCUGAGCAUAAGGCUAGGUGGCCUGGGCAGGGGUGAUGGCAGAGCCUUGUGGGCCACAGUAAGGAGCCUGGAGGUUUUGGGUUAACUUUUUCUUUUUCCUUAAAUUUGAGACACAGACUCACUCUGUCUCCAGGCUGGAGCACAGUGGCGUGAUCUUGGCGCAUUGCAACCUCUACCUCCGAGGUUCAAGCGAUUCUCCCACCUCAGGCUCUCAAGUAGCUGGGAUUACAGGCACCUGCCACUACACCUGGCUAAUUUUUGUAUUUUUAGUAGAGAGAGAGUUUCACCAUAUUGGCCAGGCUGGUCUUGAACUCUUGACCUCAAGUGAUCCACCCUCCUCGGCUUCCCAAAGUGCUUACAAAUCCCCAAAGGGAUUACAGGCAUAAGCCACCAUGCCCUUCCUGGUUUAACUUUUUAUUUGGAAAUAAUUUCAAAGUUACAGAAAAGUCUCAAGAAUAGUACAAUGGACAUCUGCAUAGCCUUUGUCCCAGAUUCACCUGGUGUUCACAUUUUACCCCAUUUCUCUGUCACUGGCCAUCUCUCUAUUUAAGGUAUAUACAGAUGACUUUGAUUCCGAUCUAGUUGAGAAUAAGUUGCAGACCUCAUGUUCCUCUACCCCUAAAUAGUGUGUGUUUCCUCCCACAGUACAAUUAUCCACUGCAUUAAAUUUCACACUGAUCCAAUGUGGUAUCUAAUUUACCUCCCAUCUUGUCACUUGUCUCAGUAACACCCUUUAGAUGGCAUUUCUCCUCUAGCACAGGAUCCAGUCUAAGAAUGAUGUAUUGCAUUUAGUUGUUGUUUCUCUCUAGUAUCCCUUAAUCGGGAAUGGUUAGCCUUUCUUUGUCUGCAUGGUGUUGAUAUUAUUGAAGAAUUCAAUCCUCCCCUUUAUCUUAAUAGAACAUUCUUCAUUUGGGGUUUGUCUGCUUGUUUCUUCAUUGUAAUAUAUGGGUUAUGCAUUCCUGGCUGGAAGACUGUGUAAGUGAUACUGUGUCCUUCUCAGUGUAACAGCUAAAGCCACACAUGUCUGUCUGUUCCUCCGUGGUGAUUUUUUUUUUUAAACAGAGUCUUGCUCUGUUGCCCAGGCUGGAGUGCAGUGGUGUGUUCUCAGCUCACUGCAACCUCCGCCUCCUGGGUUCAAGCAAUUCUCCCUGCUUCAGCCUCCUGAGUAGCUGGGAUUACAGGUACCCACCACCACGCCCAGCUAAUUUUUGUAUUUUUUAGUAGAGACUGGGUUUCGCCAUGUUGGCCAGGCUGGUCUUGAACUCCUGCCCUCAGGU